AGCUCUCCUCUCGCCAUCAGCCGUAUUCUCCGAUCCGUCGACCUUAAACUCCGGCGUGUGAAGCCGUUUUCUCCUCUCGUCAGCUGUAUUCUUAAAUCCUAAUCCUCUGAUCGAUCAUGGAUCGCAUUCCAUCGAUUUCUUCUGAUUUGGAGUAAGGACUCAUAAUUCCAAGUUUCCCUUCUGCAGUUCCAUUUUGAGCAAAGUAAAGUCACAUCUUGAG